GAAUAAUUAAAAACUUAUUUCUUUUUUUAUCGUUACUAAUAUAGCUUCCAAAUAACCAGUUCAUAUUGUAGAUACCGUUACUUUCUUUUUCCUUUCGUAAAUUCAUACUUUAACAAUCAAACAAAUGCUGGAUGAUGAAAUUUUACAAACCCGAAAAACCAAUCGUCAACAGUCUACACCUGACUUGAUGAUUAUGCAAAAGCCAAAUGAUGAAGAUAGUAAUAAUGUUAACCAUGCAGAUACGACAGCUAUCAACGCUAUUGAUGAGGAGUUUAAGAGCAAUCCAUGCACUCCGGAACCAACACCUAUGGUUGUGAAUAAUAGCGCCAAUCUAUCUUAUCAUCAUGCUGCAAUAGACGAUAGAAGCUUUUCCUGUACGGAAAGAACGUGUGAUACAGAUAGCAAUAAUAGUAAUGGCAGCAAUAGCACCAGUAGAAAAAUACUUCCAACAACUACAAUAUUUGCUGCUCCUAGAUUUGCCCGUCGACAGUCAGCACCUGCAAUAUCGUUCGAACCAAAAGCAUCACCUAUGACGGAAAGACACCUAAGGAAUCGAAAAGCUUUUUUCAGUGCAGUGAGAACUGCUUGGCUUUUACAACAACGGACUACCAGUCGAGGCGGUAUAGCGAAAAGGUAUAAAAGGGGGUUCUACAAUAGUAGAACACUCUGCAGAUCAGCGCUGCCUACUUGGAUCACAGCCAAACUCAGGACCCAAAAUAAUAAACCGGUGCUGGUAGUGAAGCAACGCGGCCAUUACCUUCACCAUCUUCGUCAUCAACGCUAUCAUGAACAACAUUCCUUCCAAUUCCAAUUUACAGAUAAAGAAAGAAUGAGCCUCAAUUCCUAUCCAUCUCAUCAGCAUCAACGUCAACAUCAACUUCUUCAUCUUCAUCAACGUCACCAUCAUUUUAUUCAAGAUACACUCGACAAAAUCAAAUUAACAUAUCCUCCAAUCACAGCCGAUGCAUUAUCCGAACUGUCUAUUCCCCAACUCUUCAAUAGCCUCCAGAUUCGACAUGACUUACUGAUCGACCCAAAUUUGACAUUUCGACCAAAUCUAACCGACGAUAAGCGACAGGAAGCCGAUAUGUACUGGCGUCAAUUUGAUCAACUUAUAAAAAGGAUAUUUCUCUUUUCGCCGGAUAGCAUUACCAUUACUCCUGAUGCUACUAUGUAUAACAGCGAUGACUUUUAUCAGCUUGUUUAUCUCAUUCGCAAUAUUGUUACAGAACUAGCAUUAAUAUUGAUCUCACUAAUAGCCCCUUUCCCAACUCAUCCAGACAUAAUCCACUUUGUAUGGCAUUGGCCACAAGAUAUUACCGAAUCAUCCAUCUUAUCUGUAUUCGAUCCCGAUCUAAUUCAACAACAGCUACUGAGAGGUUGCUUUGACAUUGAUUCCAAGUUCGAAUUCUUAUACAGAAUCCUCAGUCCUCUGUGUCCAGAUUAUGCAGAUAAAAUCCAUAAAAAGGCAAUUGAGGAAAAGGAAUAUGGAAAAGCGGUUGAACUCGUGUUUCUGACGUUAGAAACAAUAAAGCUGGAUUGUGCUAAUAAAGCCCUACAACAUUAUCGACCGUACCUAUUAGAUACUGGAACGAGCUUAGAGCUAAAAUUGUUUCUGACACAGAUGGAGCAAGGUGAAGUAGAUACUACGUCCGUGGUUGAUUGGCUGGCUGGCAGUUGGAGAGCUCUGGAGAAAGAUGCACCGUUUGUCAAAAUAUUUUACACAGGUGUACUUGAUCUAUUGACAAAUGAUUCGGAUACUUGUCACGCGCUCAAUAUUCCACUUCCCACCUUCCCAAUCACUUUCUCAUACGAUGAAAAGCGAUUCAAGCAACAGCUGCGUCACGAAUUUCAAAAUACGAUUGUGAUUGGAAUCUUAUUGAUGCCUUAUCGAUUACUCGCUGGUAAAAAAGCAACUUCUCGUGAUUUACACAAGCUGAAAACAUGUUUUUCAAAGUUGUUAAAGGAUGCGUCUUUAUCAAAUGGGCGAGUAUCAUGCUUUCAUCUGGCACUCCAAGGUUGUCUUAUGGCUAAACAAUCUCUGGGUCAUGAUGAGGACGUUACUGAACAGGCAAAAUAUUGGUCGAAUUGGAUAAAUCAGAAUCUAAAAAAUACCUCGGACAUAUACCGUAUCAUGUAUCAACGAAUUCGAUCUGUGUUACUCAAAGGUUUGCUACAACAUUCCUUCUCAGCAAGUGCAUCAAACAACAAUGAACACGCUACAAUGGGGUUGGAAGCGGAAAUAACAAAGCUGGGUCAAAAGUUGCUUUUGAUGACUGAUUACAAUCUACGAACUUUUUAUCCCAUAUACAGUCAUUUGGUAUCAACUGUUUGUCAUAAACUGAAUGAGGGUACAAUAUAAUAAAUUUGUAAAAAAGAUAUCUAAAACA